AUGAUUGUAGAAGUUUACAAGCGCGUUCAAGGGUCUUCAGGGGAAAAUCGCCUUGAAGUUAUUCAGGGUGAUGUGCUCAAGCAUCAAUUGCCAUAUUUCGAUCUUUGCGUUGCCAACACGCCCUACCAGAUUUCAUCCCCGCUGGUCUUUCGGCUUUUAGCUCACCGUCCAAUGUUUAGAGCAGCAGUGCUCAUGUUUCAGAGAGAAUUUGCCUUGAGGUUAACAGCGAAACCGGGCGAUAACCUGUACUGCAGGUUGUCUGUGAAUGUGCAGCUUCUUGCGAGAGUCAAUCAUUUAAUGAAGGUCGCGAAGAAUAACUUUCGCCCCCCACCGAAAGUAGAAUCAUCCGUCGUCCGAAUCGAACCGAGAAACCCUCCGCCACUCAUUAACUUUAAAGAGUGGGACGGUAUGCUGCGUAUAUGUUUCCAGCGAAAGAAUAGGAUGCUGCGCGCAAUUUUCUUGCAAAAAUCCGUUCUUCGAAUGCUUGAGGAAAAGAGGAAAACCGCGCAUUCUCUUGGCACCUUGGGUGAGGAUGGCACCCUCACUCCUGGGUUGAACGCGACGACUGGCGAUAGCGAAUUGCUGAUGGCGGAUGAAGGCCAAGCCCUGUCCACAUUAUUUGCAAGUCUCGGCAGGGAAGAUGGAAAGGAAGAUGACAUGCAAGAGGAGGAUUCGGAAAAGGUCGGGGAUAAUGUUCAGGAGGCUAUGGAUGUUGACGCAAGCUCUGGGAGGUCAAAAACAGCAAAGAAGGGCAUCAAUCAAGCACUCCGAGAAUCAGUGGACAAGGUACUCAAAGAAACAGAUUUUGCCACUGUUCGGAGCAAGGAGAUGAGUAUUCAGGACUUCACAACCCUUUUACGAUCCUUUCAUACUCAGGGGGUGCGCUUCGGCUAACGGAAGGUGUUAGCACUGUUAUUAUUUUGCUCUUGUACAAAUGCGAUGCGGAACGUCGAAAAUCUGUUCAUGGAUUCAACUUCAUCAUAGCUAAUACAAUAACGUUGUCCGUAUAGUCACGAAAACGCGAGUUUUGGCUGCGAGUUCGCGCAGGUGCACGUGAUCCGUCGGGCGGCACAACGAUGUACCAGACUUCCGUUUGUUGCGGGCGGGUACAGUACCUUGGUCAGUCCGCAAAACUCGCGGUGGGAUUUUUCGAACUCGGGUUUACUUACGUCCAGCGAGUUUGUGGGCAAAUGGAAAAAACAACACGUUAUUUUACGGACAACGUUAAUGCAAAGAGGGUUUCAAGCUUGAAAACCCGCUGUUUUGCAUAAAUAAACAUACGCUGCCUUCAUACGCUGCCUUCACUGUGAUUUUUCUUCA